CAAUCGAACAGUUGAUAUCGACAUGACCAUGAGGGCUUUCAUUCAACUCUUAGUGAUCCACUUUGCUGCAAUAUAUUCCCAGCAGCUUUGUGACAAUGUUGAUGAUCAAGCGUGCCAAGGUUUUGCUGCCAAUAUUAAUAUCUGCAUUGAUCCAUGCUUAUCAAAGAUCUGUCCAAGAACAUGCAAAUUUUGUCCCCUCAAAUGUUACGAUUGUAAUGGGUUGUCCUCGCCGACAAUGUGCAACACCACAGUGAUUUGUUCAGACAAUUCUUAUUUUUGCUUCGUAACUGAGUCUUUAGGAGAUGAUUUUUCCAUCAAUUACAGACAAGGCUGCGCAAGUUCAGAUGUCUGUACACGAUUGUUUGGAUCUGCAACACCGACACUCAUUGGACGUAGGUCAAACCUUGAGGGUGAAUGUUGUGAUAAUGACCUGUGUAACAGAAAUCGUCCUGUUGGUGAAAGACAGGUCGACUUGUUUAACUUUACAUCAGCUAAGAGAACGACAACACCUUCGUUUGGAACAACCACGCCACCUAUGAUGACAACAAUGCAUCCACGAACGACAACUCCUACAUUUGCAACACAAACAACAACUCCGCCGAUGAUGACGACAUCACAACAACCUAACCUCUCAUCCAAGUGUGAUGAUAUUGAUCAUGCAUCUUGCCAGCGCCUCGCCAUGAUCAAACGAGACAUGUGUACCGAUGACUGUAUGGUACAAGCCUGCCCCAGAACGUGUGGAAAAUGCGCUGAAUGUUACUCAUGUCAACAUGUCUCAAAUCCUGCUAACUGCACAAACCAUACUGUCUGUGAGCCAGGGGAGAAAUGCUACGUCCUGAAAACACUGAGCUUUAGUGGUGAGCAGGGAUAUAAAAUGGGAUGCAUGCUUGACAGUGUAUGCAAGCAGUUUAACACUCAAGCUGGUAAUGUGUUCGGUAAGAGAAAUGAUCCUGUUGAGCUCUCAGUGGAUGGUGAUUGUUGUACAGGAGAUCUUUGUAACCACGUGGCAUUGACACAUGGGUCAACAUUCACCACCAAAGCUCCAUUCACGGGAGUUGGCUGCCGAUACACAGUUUCCAGCCAUAAUUGUCCUACAAACUUCCACCUGGUUGAUGGGAAAUGUAUGAUGGUUGGACCAAGUCAAUUGUCCUAUGCUAAAGCAGAGGCAUACUGCCAUAGUCAUUGCUCCAUGUUGAUGGAAAAUUUCUCAGAAAAGGAAGCACAGGCUAUAUCGUAUUUCAUUCAAAGUCAAUUGCGAGGUAUGUAAACAAGAAUACAAUACA